AUGUAUUUUUGUUUUGAAACAAAAGCAUCGCUUGGAAUAUGGAAUUAUUAAUUUGAUUACUUUGCAUCAAAUAAAACGCAUCAUGUGAAAAUUAUCAGGUGAAUUGAACGGAUUUUAAACCGAGAUACUGGUAAGUAAUAUGGAUAUUUAAUACAGAACGUAAAUGAUACACGUUGACAACAUAUUUAAAGGUUUAUCUAUUUGGAACUAUUGAUCAUUUUUCAACAAAUGGGAACAAGUUCAUACAUAUAAAAAUAGAACGGGCACAUACUAUUAUACAGAUAUCAUACUUUUGCCAGAAUAAAUAUCAAUAGACAUUGGAAAUAAAGAAGUUUAUGGGCUUUGGUAUUCUCCGUCCUAACGAGUAAAGUAAAUUUGGUACUGUCUACUUGAAACAAGGAAAUUUGCAUAUUGAAUUCAUCCUAAUUUUUCAUACGGAUUUAUUUGAAGAGGCGUAAGUGUCAUUUUACAAUAAGAAGUGACGAAGACAGCCGCAUGUAUGCCGUAACAGCAUCGACACAAAUGUUCUACAUUUAAAUGAGACUGCGUGUGCCAUAGCUCUGGAGUAUGCAACAGUUGACAACAUUUGAAAACAAUUAAAGGUCUCGUUGAAACAAAAAAUCGUGUGUAAACUAGAAAACUAGAGCAAUCAAAGCUUAUAUAACGACCGAAUUUAUAGAUCUUCGGACGUAUGCUAAAUAUUCUUCAGUCUCAUGCCGUAUCAUCAUCAUUAUACAAGCUGAACACACAUAUACAAGUACGGUAAACUGGACCUGGUAUUCUCAUCAUAGGCGAUGCUUACUCAUUUUCUGGCAUGGCACAUAUAGUUUUGGAGAAAGAAAUAUGUUCUUUUGGCAGAACUAAUGACGUGAUCUAAAAAUACAAAUUCUGCACAACGCAAUCGCCUGUGUAAUGAGUUUAACACUGUCAGACAAAAAAUGAAAACUGUUUCUAGUCAGUCUCUACAUGUACUAAAACCGUCUUGAGUUAUUAUUGCAUACAGGAUUAAACGUAGAGACAUAAUCUAGAGUAUUCAAAAGUCCCGAUAAAGAAAUUACAACCGAUUAAAUGGACUUAUAUUGUGAUCGAGGCCUUCACUUUGAUUUUGCGAACGAUUUCAGUUUAAAGUUACACUAACAAAUCCUCCAAACCUUGAGAGAGAAAACAUAUUGGAAAUUAAACAUAACAUUUUUCAUAACGCUACGUUAAACAUGCAAUAAUAGUGCUUUUGAAAAUAAACUAGUUAAAGUCUAGUAUAAUAACUAGUCUUUCUUAAUUUAGCAUAUAUUUUUCUUUCACGAGACAGGAAUUCUACAAGAAGUAAUAAAUACUACUUAAGAUAUUUUCCGCUAGUGUUUAUUGGUUUUGAAAGAGAAAAGGUUUACAUGCAUGUACCGGCUAAAGACUGUUUAAAUGGACAGAUUUGCUUAGCUUAACGUAUGUACGGUCAAGCAUAAAAAGAUUAGUUUACUAAUUCACAAUGGAUUUGGUGAAACAAGGCGCAUGCCAGAUCGGAAUAGUGACAAACAUAAGGUUAUUGCUUAAAGACGCGUGUAUUUGGAAACGGAGCAGGAGUGCUUGCUGUUUGUAGACAAGGAAAUUUGAUUUAUCUGAUUAUAAAAACAAAUAUAAAACUGUGAGGGAACAUCUAUAGUAUUUGGUAAAAUUGGAUUUUAAACUGACUGAGUGACUCUUAAAGUGACGUAUUAAUAUUUUUUCACCGGAUGGAUUUAAAUUGAAAGAAGUCUUUGAUAGGCAGUUUGUUCAACUUGUUUUGAAGAAAUAUUAACUUGCCCGACAUUAAAAUAUAUUCACCGGUAUUUUAUAGUGAAAGUAGUGAAAAGUUUAACUCUGUCUUGUUAUCGAAAGUACUUAUAUUCUUGUGAUUGUGACAAAAUGGCGUCCUGUAGUGCAGAAAAAAUAUGAUAUUAAUAACUUUUGACCUUGUCACAUUAACUUUUAUGUGAAAGUGAAAUAAUUAUUAUACAACCAGUUAUUUAAAAGCGGAGGAAAAUUGAAAAAAUCUGUUUAGCGGAUUGAAUGCUAACACUCGACACGGUAACUAAUGACUUUAUCUUUACAGAAAGAUUUCGAAAACGAUAAAUUCAGUUACAGUUUUUUUCCCAGUUAAUUACGUUCUACCGAUGAAUUAUAUAUACGGGGAAUUGAUUGAAUUUCCACAGACUUAACAUUGAAAUAAGAUGUGGAUAGCUUAACACGCCAAUAAAUCGUUCAAAACUACACUAGGUUGUCUUCAAACCGCACAAUAUUAAAAUAAAUAGUGCAUUAGAGCGUACGGACAAAUUUUAAAAGAAAGUUUUAUGAUUUAUUCUCGUCCCGUGCUAAAGUCCUCUACAUGUGGCCAUCUUACUGAAGAAAGUUUAUAAUCCCCUAAAAUAUUUUUUCCAUAGUAUUAGACGGAUGACAGCAAGUGUAUUAAGAAUCUAUCGAAAUAUAUAAAUUGGAUUAAUGCGAAUGAGUUGAAUAAGAAAACAUACAUUGGAUUUAUGUGUAUUCAACGCAUCUAUGCGAAAUAAUAGACAUGGAUAUUUGUGCAAAGUAAAAGAGGCUUGGGGAGUGUAAAAAAAUCAAAUUCAUAAAACAUAAGCAAAGAGGGGGAUAAGUGAUUUUGUAAUGAUGUAGAUUUGGGAGUAUUAUUAUGAUAUAUGUAGAUACGCCAUCAAAAUGCAUUUACUUAACUGUGAACGGCACUCCUAGAAGAUUUUGAUUUGAUUUCCAACGAUUUUGAUCCGUCAGACAAAAAAGAAAAUCAGAGUAAUGAAUCGUCUAUGUAGUGUUGCAAUAGAAAAAUAAGACACAUUUUCAGGAAUACCAAAACGGAAUUAUUUAGAUUCACGUUAUGGGAGAUAUUGUAGAUUUGGCAGUCGUCGGAAUCACUGAGAAAAUCGCCAAUUUCAGCGGAUUUAGUAAUACAAGUAGUGGAUAUUUUCCUCUUAAUACAACGGAAAAUAUUUCAGUCGUUAUAAAUGGCUCGACUACGGAAGCGCCUCAGGAACCUACGUAUAAAGUAUGGCAGCAGAUUGUGAUUUCUGUGUUACUAGGUGUGUUAAUAAUAGGAACUAUCAUAGGAAAUUCCUUAGUAUGUAUUGCAGUGGGAUUAGUUAAACGUUUGCAGUCUCCAUCUAAUUUAUUAAUAGUGUCACUCGCGUUGUCCGAUUUGCUUGUGGCUCUUCUUGUAAUGCCAUUCUCCGCAAUAAAUGAGGUAUUAGGAGGAAGGUGGCCUUUUAGUGAAACGGUUUGCGAUUUGUGGACCUCUCUCGAUGUGAUAAUGUGUACAGCAUCUAUACUGAAUCUGUGCAUGAUAAGUGUGGAUAGGUACUUUGUGAUAACAAGACCAUUCCAGUAUGCCAUAAAAAGGACGCCUAAGCGAAUGGCUAUAAUGAUAGCGGCUGUAUGGUCUUUGGCAGUUAUAAUAUCUGUACCUCCUUUAUUCGGAUGGAAAACUGAACUCGGACCUGGGGAGUGUCAUAUAAGUCAAGAGAUAGGAUAUCAAAUCUAUGCAACAUUUGGGGCCUUUUAUGUUCCGCUAAUAGUGAUGAUUGUUAUUUAUUUUCGAAUUUGGUUAGUGUCAUCUCGGAUUAUGAAAAAGGAACAGACGUCGAAACUCGGUAGCAUAGACAAGGGUAAUGAGCAUAUAAACAUGUCUGCAAAAUCAUCCAGAAGUAGCGGUGCCAGUGAUCAUUUGAAUAUUCCGAACGGAAAUCUCCAUAAGAACGGUUUUACGGAAGCAGACGAUGCAUCGACGGAAAUGCUUCCAACGUCGAAACAAGCAGUUCACAGGAGACGUUUCACAUUAAAAUCGUUUUUAUCGCGGACUAAGAGCACUGGUGGCUCGUCGCGUGAGAGAAAGGCGACGAAAACUUUAGGGAUUAUUAUGGGAGGCUUCACGCUAUGUUGGCUUCCAUUUUUUAUUCUUGCCUUAGUAAGGCCAUUUUUAAAUGAUCCAGACAGUAUUCCGUUAUGGAUUUCGUCCAUGUUAAUGUGGCUAGGAUACUUUAAUUCAUUUAUGAACCCAGUGAUUUACGCUCGAUUUAACAGAGAGUUCAGAACUCCAUUUAAGGAAAUAUUGUGCUUUCGGUGUCGUGGAAUAAAUCACAGAUUACGUAGUGAGAGCUACGUCGAGCAAUACGGGCCUGAUCAGAUAUACAGAGACCGUGAUCGUGAUAGUUUGAGGCCACCUCGUGAUUCCAUAGUACGUUAUAAUAGCCACGGACACACGCACGUGCACAUAGGAAAUGGUAAUUCUAAAAUGGGUGAAUCCAAAAUUUAGAAACGAGGCAGCAAUUGGACGAUAUGUCUUCAAUAUAGCUUGAAUUGUUCAAAGGGAGACAGUGAGUAGCUUUGUAAGCUAAGGCUAUGUGUUCGUGCAACGGAUGCUUCUUGAAACGGUCUGUGUUCUUUCACGCUGAACGUAUAGAUAGCUGGUCUCAUCUCCAGAGGGUAACAUAAUAAUACCAUGAAAUGGGUAAAAUUUGACACACAUAUAAAUGUGAAUAAUUAUAUUUUGUUGUGAUUUUCACAUUUAGUGUCCAUGUUAAUUCGUUGUUAAAAUAUUAUUCUUCAGGUUCUGUAUAUAUUUAAGUUAUUGUGUACUUGGUGACUUUUAAGUGCUGCUGAAGUUAUUAUAUAAAUAAUUAUUAUAAUAUUAUAGACUCGAGAUUAGUGAGAAUUCGACAUAAUACUAUGAGAUUAUUAAAUAGAUUGCACAGUUUUAUUUACAAUUACAAAAUGCAGAUAUUAUGGUGCAGAUUAGGCGGUGGUUUAGUUAUGGGGGAUAUUUAAGUAGGGGAUUAUAAUAGAAGAAAUCCGAAAUCAUAUGUAGGUCCCGUACAGUCAUAUACAUGUUCUUAGAACACUUCUUGAUAAAUAAUUAAUCAAUUUUAAGUUAAGUUAUACUCCACGUAAGAAGGUUAAAACAAUUUUUCUCACUUCAAAUAUGUUUAAUUUUAUGAUAAAAUUUUUAAUUUUAUUUUUUAAUAUUUAAUAUCUCUCACAGCUCAAGAUCGAACUAAAGGUACUUAAGCGAGAUUUGUUUCCAUUGUCACGUGGUACGUAUCAAAUACGACCACUUUGAUUACAUUUUAACUGCCAUAGUCUGUUCUAAAAUAUAAUAACAUGGUUUGUUUUGUAAUACAAGACAUUUAGACUUUUUCUGGGACGUAUUACGUCAUGAUACUAAAAACUGAUAACACAAAAUGCAUUUUUCCCCAAAAAAUUGUGUCAUAUAUUUAUAACAAAUAAAUCAUAUGUAAAUAGAUGCAUAUUAAUUAUUGAAAACGCUUGUAUUUGUAUAUAUAAGAAAUCACUUAUACAUUGUUGAAUACCAUGUUUUUGUUGUUAGUCGCUUUACGUCAUAUUAAAACAUAUGUGAGUCGCCACGUUAAAAGGUCCAUAACUUUAUAUACAUAUUUAAAUACUAUAAAAAUACAUUUUGAUUUAUUUAUUGACCUGACAAUGCAAUUACAUUCAUUAAAUAAUCUGAAACUCCGGAAACAUUCGGAAUUGUUCGUGUCUUUCCGGGGUAAAUUCGGUAUUUUCCGCUUUUCUGUUUGUUGUACUGGUCCUCUAUAGGAUGACUCACACAUGUUAAUACCACACUAAUAGCUUGCCUAUGCAGAACCAUACCAUAGUAUUUUAAUUGUCUAAUAUGAAACUAUCUUGGUCUUUUUUUCACCCUACAAAUAAACAGAUUUGCUACAAGUAAAAUAGACCUGCUUUCAGUUUAACUAUACGUAUUUUAAGAAAAAAUCUUUUGAGUACAAAAUGGUGAUGUAAAUUUUUGUGUUUUUUGCUAGAAUGUGAUUAUUAUACACCAGUCUAGAUAAGUAAAAUUAUUUAUUCUAUUACUGUAGAUGGAAUCAAUCAAUAAUGAAGGAAGAACCACACAAUUAAUAAGUAUCAAUUAAUUAGAUACUUACAUGAAAAUAGCAACCGCUUAAUGAACGUAAAUAUUUGAUUAACGAAGGUAUUUAAUUAAUUUAACGAAAAGUGCCAAUAUGCCAUUCAUUUUACAAGAUUUGUAUUAAUUAUUCGAUUUUUAAUGAAUUAAGCGAAAGGUUUGACCAUUUAACGAAAGUAUGUACUUAUUUCAACGAAACAUACCGAUAUCAUGCGAAAUGACCCUCUAAAAUUCGGUUCGUAAAGUGAUAAUGAAAAUAUUUAAAUGUAAUUUUUGGGGGGUAAAAAUGUUAAAACGCUUUGCAUUUUUAUACUUUGGAAGGUCAGUUUCAUAUAAGAUACUGUUUUAUAACAUGUAGGUAAUCCACGUGUCUUACAAAACAUAAGGCAACGUAAUAUUGUUUCGUAACAAAAGUAAUCUCUUUAAUGCAGGUUUCCACGUAUAAUAUCUAUAACAUUAAGGUUUUCCACGACGACUUACAAAUAAGAAAAUGUGAUUUUUUAAAGCUUUUUUUCUUCUUGUUCCUUUCUUCUACCAUUUAUAAUUUAAUUGACUUUGAAAACACUGCUGUUCGUGAUAUGGAAUCAUGCCCUCUUUUGUUUUGAAUAUACCAUUAAUUUUCUAAUUUAAUUGAACUUUUUUUUUAUUUUGCCUACUUUGUUAUACAUUUUACAGGAUAAUGUUUUGUUUUCAUUUCAUAAGAGACACUGUCGAUUGGCUUAUUCAUGUGUAUAGUUUGAAGAAGUUGUAUCAACUUAAUGCCUAUUCAAAUGUGUUAACAAUGCAAUAUUUUACCAAAGUCCCGACAUAAUAACUUAUAAAAAUAUAACUGCAUGUGUUGAUUAAAGGUGUAAGCCUAUUGUAUUUAGCCUAUGCAAAACACAAUUAUAAAAGCAAUAAAUUUGUUACGAACUGUAUAAAUAUUUAAUUUUUGUUUUGCAAUAUUAUGCACACAUGUAAAUCUGCUAUGUUAGCAUUUUUAGAACAUCUUUUACAAAAUUUAAAUAGAAUUAUUAUAAACAAUAUGACGAUAUGAUACUUUAACAACUGACGUCAUUUUUAUGAUCUCAUUUUCAUACUUAUAUAUAAAUUAUCAUUUAUUUCAUCAUAAAACGUUACAGAAUUUUUUUUUUCUAUAUAAAAUUUCACGUUUUAUUAAUACGGUAUUCAAUUUAUUUUAAGAACGUUUUUUAAGCGUUGGCCGAAACUUUAACACGAUUAAGAAAAUAGUGUACAGGCUUUCAAAAAUACUAUUAUAUACAUGUGGAUCUAUAACUGAAAACAAAACCUGAUCAUUCUUAACGGUUGUACUUAAUCUUCUGUUCUUUCCAUUCAAGCAUGUAUAUACGUACAUAACCUUAAACCCGUGCCAAAUCCGUAUUUUAAAAAUAGGCUGUUAUUAUAAAUCUUUUCAUUAUUAGUAACCGUUUGUAAAUGUUUGUAGGGGAUAAACCCCGUAAUAUUAUACACUCGCUUUCAAAUUAAGUUAUUAAAACAUGUACAUAAAAGCAAUCGCCGUAUUUUUUACAGUAUUUUUUUCUUUUCUCGAUGAAUGACACUUGCAUAGUGUUAUACAUAAAUAAAUGACACGAAAACAGUAAUCUUAAUAUCCAAAAUUACACGACACUUAAAUUGAACAUUAGAUAAAAGCUUGUGUCGAUCACGAGUUAUUUCAAUAAUUGAAAAGCUAAACUGACAACAAAUAGAAUUAAGUGAAAUUUGAAAAAGAAGUAUAAUUAUCAUAUCAUUGGGGAAAAAACACAACGCCCUACUUAAAAACAAUAUUUUGGACUUGUAAUUUCAGGUUUUAAGAACUCAAAAAGAGAUAUUUUUAAAAUGGGUUUGAUAUGAUAUGAAAUAUUGAAUAAUUCCAUAAAGGUGUUUCGAAUAUUCUUGCAUCUCUAUUUAAUUAAUUGUUAUUGUGUAUAUAAUUUUUUUAAAAAUACAAGAUUUCGUAUAAAAAUAUUUCCACAAUCAUGAUAAUGCUAAUAUCAAAUGCUAAUACACAAUAUUUUAUCGUUGCUUUCUUGUUUAAAGGUUCUAAAGCAAAAUAAUUCAUAAUAUAUCUUUCCCGUUUAAAGCAGCUUACCACUGUAUAAAUGCCUAUUUUAGAUCUUAUUAAUAGUGGUACUGUUGAAAUUUAACAACAUGUAUAACAUUUUUAUUGUCAAGUGAACAAAAAUUAACUUUGGCGGCAAUUAUAAAUAUCUUGCCAGUCUCCACUAUGGUCUAGAAUCCCAUCAAUGGCUGAUUUUUUUACUAUCCAACUCGUUAUUAGGAAAUCAGUGGUUCUUUUUCUGGUGCACGCUCUUGUCCGAAAAUAUGAAAGAAAGAGGUCAAAUUGUUAUCAGAAAACUCAGACUUACUAAGGUUUUUCGACAUAAUGUGACUGGAUUUUUUUCCUCAAAAUAUUUUUACCAUUUGAUGUUGGUCUGAACCAAUUACCUGUUUGCCAAUUUUCAGAUAAUUCCCUCAUUCCGUUUGCCCAGAAUAAAUGUUGUUAUUGUGAAAAUGAUACAAUAUAAAAAUCAUAACAACGCUUUUCUGCUAAAUUCGGCUAAAAUCGCAUAUAGAAUUGAUUUUCAAUUCAAUUCUGGGUAUAUUUCUUUGUAUCCUUUGUAAAUUCCAAUUUUAGGAGCUUCACUUGAUAUUUGUAAGAUUUUCAAAUUUAUAUCUCUAGGCUUUCAGACCUCAGGGGAGUUCCUUUAAAGGGCAAAAGAAAUACGCCGAUAUAUAGUUACAAUAGCUAGUUGAAAAUAACUCUGUAGAUACUACAUCUACCCCACCGUGGGUUCAUCUGGUUAAUCUAAAGCCCAAUUAAGAGUAACGAUAAAUGCAUAAGGUAUUUCUUACAAAUAGUUAUAAAGGGUAAAUGUAUAACAUACGUACAUAAUUGAUUCAAACAUUAGCGAAAUUAUCCGAUCAGUUGAUAAGUUAUAAUUUAAAACUUACUUUAUGUAAACUGCAUUGAAAAGAGAAUAAACUUAACCUUCAAAACAGAAAACCACUUUUGAAAUGGACCCAUCACCUUAUUCAUUGUACCAAAUUGCUGCCGCUUUAUGUUUUUUUGGUCAUAGUCUACAAAAGAAAAUGCAUUUCCUUCUGUGCACUGAAAUCAGUCAUCUAUACUUCUUUUCUCAUUUUUCUUUAUUUUUCUAACGUAGUAAGAGACGAAUGUUCGUAACAUGACACUUGCAUAUCUGGUCUUAAUCUUCAUAUUACAGCAGUGAAAUAACCUUUGUUUAAAGUCUUUUGAACAGAUAAAACAUUAAAGUUAACUUAGUUCAAACAUUGCCUUGUGUGUUGACAAAAUGUCGAAGAUUUGAUUUCAUAGCAAAGAUUAGCACAAUGUAUUACAGAUUUUAAGUUCCUGAUCUUUAGAAACUGCUUGAUUACAUACCAAUUGUUUUAUAUUUCAUUUUAUUUUUUAUAUACUUUUUUAACAAUACUAUGUAUUGCGUUAAAUGAAAACUGUAGAUUGUUUAUAAUUUAUAAUUGAGAUAGAAGAAGUUAGCGUUAGAGUUAAGUUGAUAUUUUACUUUAAAAAUGUUAUUGUUUUAAAGUAAUCUGAGUUAAAUCAUCCAUCUUAAAUCUUGAUAUUGACUUAUAAUUGUAUUUAAUAUAUCUUGGUAAGUUAUUGAACAAAAUUGCAAAAUAGAGUACCCGUAAUUCAAUGUUUCAAAAUAAAUCAAGAAAGUUCUGUUAAAAACAAAUAUAUAUUUUGAUGUUGAGUAUUGAAAUAAAGAAAGUUCUAUCAAAAACUGAAAGCUGAAGUAAAAAAUGUGAAUAAUAUUACAUCAGUAACUGUAUAGCUUAAAUCUAAAAUAUGAUAAAACUUACGAAACGAUGUAUAUGUAUAAGGUUUAUUUGUUAUAUUAUAUUAUUUUAUUAAAUUAUCAAUGUAAAGAAAACCUUUGCAUAACGAUCGACUUAUACUUGUUUUUUAUAACAAAUAUUAUUAUUGUAAUGAACAAAAUUGUAUUGGAAAAUCUUAAGUGUCUCACAAAGGUUUCUGUUUAAUCAAUUCCUCUUACCAUUUAUAUACAAUUAUCUUCCCGAGAGAAUUCGUAAAAAAUGUUAUAAAUCUGUAAACAAGAAAAAAGACUUAAUAUUUUAUUUUUCAUUUCUUUAUAGUGAAAAAUAUUAUAUGCGAAAUAAUCAAAUAACUAUGGUGUCCUGUUUGGGCAAUUUAAAUGUAGGAUUUUACCGCCUCCGUGGUCGAGGGGUUAGAGUCGAUGACUUCUAAUCCAGUUACCUCUCUGGCGUGGGUUCGAUCCCCGAGAGAUGCUUUGGUAGUUUAGCGCGGAGGAAGGUAGUCUAGUACUGGUGUAACUCUCCAGGAACGAUGGUUAGGAAACUACCCGUCUAUAUGACUGAAAUACUGUUGGGAAAAGACGUAAAAUGAAACAAACAAACAAACAAAAUGUAGGAUUUUAAUAUUUAAAAUAUUUAAUGUUUAAUUUGUAGCAUGUUAAACUGGUUAAUUCUCGCGUGGGUUUAUACUUGCGAGAGAAUGUUUUGAUUCUCGCGAGGAUUAAAGUUAAAUGCAAAUUAAACGUUAUUUCUCGGUAUAGUCUCCCCACAAUAAUAUAAAAUCUCAAUCCUUUAUCUAUCAAAAUAAAAGAAAUGAGCAACACAUGGGAUUUAGUAAAACUUUCGCGUGUUAACAGACUUUAUCUUAUUAGCCCUAAUAGAACAACGUUAAUAAACUUUUUAUAAAUUGAUUUUAGACAAUAAUAGUACAUUCUGUAUUCCAAAAGUCUUUUAUAAUAAUAUACUUGUUAACUUUAUGAAGUAUUUUUUUUACACAAAAAAGUUAUAAUUCUGUAUUAUCAAAGAAGUCAUCAUCCAAUAUUUUAUCUAAUUAAUUAUGGAAAUAAUUAGAAACAAGAAAUUGUACUUAUAUAAAAAUGAACGUAUUUGCAAUUUGUUUAUUUUCUAUUAUAAAAGCUUUGCGACUAUGUAUUAAACAAAUCUCUUUUUUUCCAGCCAUUUAUAAUCUGAGUUUGUAUUUACUAUAUAAGUUAUUAUAAUGAUGUGAUAUCAUAGCAACAAAUUACAAAUUAAAGAUAUAAUAUAAUUGCAAGUUGUCAUUGUUUAAAUUUUCCAUUUUUGGUAUAUAAAAGUGAAUAAAUAAACAUGAAAAAAUGUUUUUUACUCUAAUUUCAAACUUUGCAUUUUAGUAUAUAAAAGUGAAUAAAUAAACAUGAAAAAUUGUUUUUUACUCUAAUUUCAAUUUAACUAUGCAGUAAAGUUCAACCUUCCCAGAGGUGACCCUCUGUAUACCUUUGCUAAUGAUUUAUCACACGGGCGUCAUGUUGAUACAAUUCUAUAUACUCUUGUAAAAAUCAUUUUACGUUGUAGCAAGUCACUUCAGUUAAAAUGUACAACAAAAAGUAUUACACUCCAUUUUUUUUAGUUCAGACAACCUUUGAAUCUUUCCUGAACGAUUAGAAACGACUUUUAUAUAAUUUCUUUGUCUUUGCAAUUUUGCAUUUUAUUUUCAUUUGAAAUCAUUUUAAAACAAACUUCUUUCUUUGCAGGUUUUGCUUUUACAUCAACAUGUUACAGUUAUGUUUUUUUUAUGUUGUUAGAGGCCUACAAAUAUUUAUACUGUGUUAAAUAAAUCUAUUGUUAUUUUUGCAUAGGCCUAUUGUAUUUAUUGAUAUAUAGAUUACUGGUCUAUUGUAUUGUUUAUCAGUACAUAUAACAUGUCCAGUUUUUACCUGUACAAUGCCAUUGCUUUUUAAUAAAAACUGUUGAUAACAAAUAUAAAAAAUAAAUAUUGAUGACAUUUGUC